AUGGCCACAAAACAUCCAGAGCCUGGAAACCACAACAAAAACGAGUUAGUCUCAGUGCAGGAAAACCAUCCCAUAUCACAAAAUCCAACAUUUGAACAACAAUAUUACCCACCUGGUUUUUUCAGAAAGGUGGUGGCGGAGAUGAUAGCCACGUACAUGUUGGUGUUUGUGACAUGUGGUUCGGCUGCUCUUGCUGCCAGCGAUGAACACAAAGUGUCAAGGCUUGGAGCUUCAAUUGCAGGAGGGCUGGUAGUGACCGUGAUGAUCUAUGCGGUUGGCCACAUCUCUGGGGCACACAUGAACCCUGCCGUCACUCUAGCUUUUGCUGCUGUUAGGCAUUUUCCAUGGAAACAGGUCCCAAUCUAUUGGGUAGCUCAACUAGCAGGAUCCAUAUCUGCCUCAUUUACGCUUUCUGUGCUAUUGCAUCCAAUCAAACAUGUUGGCACCACAUCCCCUUCUGGAUCAGACUUUCAAGCUUUGAUCGCAGAAAUUGUCAUGACAUUCUCCAUGAUGUUCAUCGCUUCAGCAGUGGCAACCGAUACCAAAGCUAUAGGAGAGCUGGCAGGUAUAGCAGUUGGCUCCGCAGUUUGCAUAACUUCAAUCUUUGCUGGACCAAUAUCAGGUGGAUCCAUGAACCCUGCCAGGACAAUAGGCCCAGCAAUUGCAAGCGCAUACUACAAGGGAAUCUGGGUUUACAUCGUUGGACCAGUGAUAGGAACCCUACUUGGGUCAUGGUCCUACAACUUCAUUCGGGUCAGUGAUAACCCGACGCAGCCAGUAUCACCACCACCACAACGCUCUUUUGCAUUCAAGCUUUGUCGAAUGAAGAGCGACAAUGGACAAGUUCCCUGCAAAGACCCUCUCGAUUCAGCUUGA